AUACCAAUAGUUCAAACAACAAAGAGUUUCUAUUUUUUAGGCUCAACGACUUAAGUGGUCAUGCCGGCCGAUUUCGAUAUUUAUUGAGUACAGUCUAAAUGAGGCUCUAACCAAAUGAGAACAAAACUGAUACGAUUAGUGAAUGUUUAUUUUAUUUUAGAAUACUAAUCAAUGUUUUACCGGCGUGUCUAUGGAUGGAAGAUAAAUUUAGUUUCUCUAAGGAAAUUGUGACUGGAUACGAGCUUCGGCAAACAACUCCAUAUUUAUCAAAGAGCACCCCGGCGACAGCGAUGAAUAUUUCAAAUUGCAAACCUUUUCUAACAAACCUGAAUGUAUCAAACAUUGCUGACCAUCAUUUGUGCAUCUUUCACGAACCCAAUCAGCCAUGGUUAUGGAACGGUGGACUAUUGCACGUGGAUUUCAUAUACGCUAACCGUUUUGUUCCAUACAUUAUUGGAAUUGAUUCAAUUAAAGUAAAUAAAAGCCAUAAACCUGAUGUAUUCUUACAAAUAUCUAAAUUUGGUGACUGGAUAACCAAAACCAUGCGCGAUGAAGGCGAAGACAUAUCGUUUGAUCCAUUGAUGUGUGCCAAACGUCAUUUACAAAAUCGUCGUCAAAUUAAUAGCACGGAACUAAAUGUGCCUAACAAAUCCAUUCGUUAUGCAGUAUCCAUUCAACCCAGUCCGGAUGGACAUCAACCAAAGAAAUGCGCUGGAAUUUUGCUAGAAAAGGAUAUUGUGGUCACAUUGGCACAAUGUGCAAGCAAUUUAAUGUGA